UACAAUCCAUUUAUCAAUUGUGUUUAGUGCUACAAGGUGACAGGCCGUACCAUAAUGUCGGUGUUAAAUAAUAUUGAUAUUAAGGUACUGCUUGUCACUCUUGUAGCAUUGGUUGAAAAAAAUCACAGAAGUUCACAAUCUUCUUGCCAAUGCAACUGGUUAUGCGAAGGACUGGUCCAAAAAUACCAUUUGUCGCAAAGAACUCUGGUACAAGUGCUAUUGUAUUUACAGUACUAAGGAAUCACACGUGGCGCACAACACCUUGUCGUCAAAGCCGGUUUGCGAACGGUUAGUACCUUGUGCUACCGAAUCGCUACGAUGAGUCUGCCCGCGAAAGAAUUUGCCUUUGGGAAAAACGCAAUCGCUCAAAAUUCCGCUGGAAACAAACACACUGCACACAAUCUGAUAUUUUGGUUUUUUUCAACGGAUCCCCAGCUAUUUCUCCUAGCACGUACGUUUUUCCUACCACACGCACCAUACAUCACACUCAAACGAUGACUUCGCCUGAAGAAAGAGCCCUGGAAGACGAGAGGAAGCUGGUUUUCGAGAGCUUCGACAAGCACGACCUAGAUGACAGUGGUAAGUUACGUUACGGCAACCCGACUGCCUUGGUUGGUCGUUGGAGAUUGGUGAUUGGUUCGGUGCGGGCUUGUGUCGUUCUGCGCUCCUGUUCCCGAUCUCUUUGUGAAGUCUUCUUGUUGCGCACACUGCCUUGCUCACGAAACGUUGUUUCCCUGUCCUGUCAUCUCGUUGCACUCGUGUCCUGUCCUAUCGUGUCCUAUCAUCGCGUGUGCUGCCCUGUCCUGCCCUGCCAAACACGAUUGCUUCCAAGGAAAACUGAGCCGCGCGGAACUCAUUUCCGCCCUCCAAGAAGUCAUGGAAGCGGAAGACCUUGCCCCGGAGGACAUCGAAACGGUCGUCGAGGAGUUCGACAAGGACGGCGAUGGUGAACUCGGUAAGCAGCAAGCAAGCACGAUGAAAAUCGCAGAAAUUCUGCUGCGUUUUGUUGUGUUGUGUUGCGUUGUGUUGCGUUGUGUUGUGUUGCGAGACCGCUCGAAUCGGUUUGAUUCGAUUCGAUUCGAUUCGAGCGGGUCCCUUUCUGGUUUUCUUGCUUUACAUGCAUAGCAUGGCAUGGCAUGUCUCGUCCGGCGUGUUUGUGUCUUGUUUCGGUGCAGAAGACAAGAUUGACGCUCUCAUUGGUUUGGUUUUGUUUUGUUUCGUUUCCUUUCCUUUCGUUUGGUUUGGUUGCUGUUUUCGUGUUCGUGUUCGCUUUCGUGUCUCGGCCACGCCUUUCUCCACCCCGACAGAUUUCUGCGAGUUCAAAACCAUGGUCAAGUACCUCACGAGAGACUCGAAGCAACGCAGCUCGAUCGUCAUGGACGACAUUAUGCUCCAGCUCGGCUCGGUCGAGGAGGGCCUCGACGAGGAAGGCGACGACGGCGACGACGACGACGACGGCAACUUUGACUAUGACGACGAGGCCAAGGUGGAGGAGAUGAUCCUCAAGGCCCAGCUCCGCCGCAACGGGGGGAAAAGCCGCCGUACCAGCACUUCUUCCGUCGGAUCGAACUCGAACUCGAACUCGAUCCCCAAGCCCGGCCAGAGCCGCGUGUCGAACGCCCUGAGCGCCGCCAUCCGCCGGUCCAAGAGGGACAACGAGGACAUGCUCGCGGCCAUCACGUCCAAGAUCUACCCGGUCGCCGACAUUCUCUGCGUCCAGGGGAACCAGCGCAACUCGAGGGCCGUCGACCUGGACCCCUUCCUGAAGGAGGACAGCGUCGUGGAGGGGAUGGACCGGGACUUUGCCGCGGCCUUUCCCCCCUCGCAGAUGCGGUGCCUGGCGCUCGUGUCCCACAACGAGAUGAAGUCCACCAUGCGCAAGUUUGUGGUGGCCAACAAGAACCUCCUGAAAAAGUUCCGCCUCACCGGGACCAACAGCACCAUGACGAUGCUCCGGGAGGUCUUUUCCGACGAGCCCGCCGGCACCGUGAUGUUCGGCCCGGCCUGCGCGUCCGGCCCCCUGGGGGGGGACGCCGAGCUGGUCUCCCUGAUGGUGGGCGGCCGGAUCGGCGGGAUCCUCUUCUUCCGGGAUCCCAUGAGCGCCCACCCCCACCGCGCCGACAUCGACUGCCUGGUCCGGCAGGCGCUGGUCCACAACACCAUGAUGGCGGAGACCCCCACCAGCGCCCUGAUGAUGUGCCACUGCCUCCGGGCCGCCCUCAAGGGGGAGGGCAAACCGGAGAUGAUCCCGUCGUUCUUUUUCUCGCUCCAGUGCCCCUCGGUGGAGGCCUACAAGGCGGAGCAGAAGCGGGUGGUCGAGAUGCAAAAGAAAAUGGCCCGGGAGUCGAUGACGACGAGAUCGUCGGUGACGUCGUCGGCCCUGGCCGGUGCCAAGGACUACCGGUUCUCGUGCCUGUCCGGGUGAAACCGAGACGGCCGGAUGCAGAGGCAGAGGCAGAAGCGGCAGCACCAGAACUAGAAGCAGAAGCAGAAGCAGCAGGAACGGACGCCCGGUGGUGCAGCCGGGUUGCGGGACUCCAUUUAUUUCUCCAAACGAUUUGCACCGUAGAAGAGUAUUAAUAUUAAACUGUAAUACAGUGU